CCUUUCGUUUCCCUUCAAUUCCCCCUCACUGUUCCAUUCCCCUUGAGAGACAGCUUGCCUGGGCCUUCGUUCUACAUUCUAAUCCGACUCCCCGUUUUUGUCCAUGGCGGAGGAAGAAUUCCAAGAGUCCGAGGUUAUCUUUUCCGACAACAGCAACCACUACAGCACUCAUGACAAGGAUGAUGACGGGUGCUUGGAUUACCGAGGAUUCUCCAAAAACGACCGUGUUCCAGCACGUAACAGUAACAACAAGUCCAAGAGAAACACCAAGAAGAAGAAGAUAGCCAGUUCGCUUCCUGUUAAUAUUCCGCGGCAUCGUCACGGUACUGUUUUCCAUUGUGGUGAAGCCGAUGAUUUCGAGGAAGAGCAAGACGACGAAGGGGAAAUAGUGCCGCCCCAUGUGAUAUUAGGGAGGAGAAUUGCUGGGAAAAUGGCGUUUUCGGUUUGUACUGGCAAUGGAAGGACGCUUAAAGGAAGGGAUUUGAGUCAAGUCCGGAAUUCAAUUCUUAGAAUGACAGGAUUUUUGGAAGCAUAAACAUGGUCAAAUCCUUUUUCUUUCUUCUUUUCACUUCUUUUGGCCUCCAUUUCAGAAUUCAGAAAUGAAAUGUGAAAAAAUUGCUUUCCUUUGCUAUUGUCUAGGCUCUUUUUUUUGGGGGGGAAGUACCUUGGGAUUCUCAAUUACUCAUUGUAACCGAAAAAAAAA